UGAAGCGAUAAUUGAAGCAAAGCCCAAAGCUAAACUGGGCUCGAGUUUAGCUGCCCUGAUCUUAAAUCAGAGCUGACUCACGAUAACCUUUUGAUUUAAUGAAAGAGAUGACUGUUUUAAUGCAUGACUUAUUAAGUGGAGCUACUGGGUGUACUUAUCGUGAAUCUAGGACAUAUCCACAUUUAUAGUGACCCAAUGUUAAAGGUGCUUCAUAUAACCAUUUUUACAUUACAAUUUGACAUUCGGCCAAUAUAUUGUUAUAUUUUCUUAAUAUUGGAACACUAAAAUAAGCUUAACACACUCAUGUGUAGCUUUUUUAAAAAUAAAAAUAUAUGUUGAACUUCCCAGUUAUCAGGACAAAUAAUUCUGCAGCAUUUUAUUCCAUUCAAUUUUCCAGGUAAGUAACUCUAGUGUUCAGAAUUACUAUUGCUGCUAGAAUAUCUAAAUUAAUGAGCACAAUCAUUUAAUCAUGUAAUAUUAGAGGUGAGUUUUCUCACUGUCUUGUUUAAAUUUCUUUAAAAAAAAAAUUAUUUAUAUUCAUAUCAGGUCUUUGGGAUUACAACAAAAAACAGUAUACUGUGAAUAGUCUAUAGGAAAUUAGCUCAAAUUAUAUAGUUUUAGAAAACAACUAGUCAAACAAACUACAUAUCACAAUUAUACAUAUGUAUAUUCCCGCUAUCAUUAAUGGUGGUCAGAUCUGAUCAAUGACUUGUCAUCCACGCUCAUUGUGACCUAUAAAGAGGUUCCAGCCAUAGAUAUGCCUUUACCUCCACCCCUGAGACCGUGGGUGGUGGUGGUAGUGGUGGUGUUGGUGGUCACAGUGGUGGUCAAACCCUCUGGAGCCUUGCAGAGGUGCAUCUUUGAUGAGGUUCAGGCUCAGGUCAGGGUGGUCAGAGCUGCCCCAAACCACACAGACAACCUGACCAACGAACCUGGACUCAGACUCUCGGCUGGGGAAGAGCACCCGCUCACUGCUGGGCAGCGAACCACUAACCAAGGAGGGAGGACAGGUGUCUCAGUUAAACAUAGGGGUACCCGCAGAGAGAUGACCUCAUCCCCCGCUGCCUCGCCACAGCCAAUCAGGAUCCACACCUGGAUCCCAAGAGAGAGCGACAACAUAUCGGACGCUGAGAGAAGUCGACUGACUUCAGCUGUGGAGGAGGCUGUGAAGAAGGUUUCCUCUUUACUGUCGGUGAACAGGAUUCUGGGUCCUUUGCUGCUCAGCAGAGACGUCAACAAAUACUGCAAGUUUGUCUGGAGCAAUUCAAGAAAUGCCAACUACAACAGGUGUGGCCGAGCCAACAUCAACUACAGGAACGAGACGUGUCUGGAUGUGAUAAUUCCAGAUGAUCACCUGACUGGCUGUGAUAUUUACCCAGAGCCGGAUUCACCUGGCAGGACUGUUCUCAGAGCUGAAGGAGCUGGAAUCCCUGACACCGACUUUCUGCUCUAUCUCCACAUUCGCUCCACUGACAAGUGUAGAGCACAGCCACAUGUGUUGGCCUAUGCUGUCCACUGCCAGACUGACACCCAUGGGCGACCAGUGGCAGGGUUGGUGGUCAUCUGCAGGCACAAACUGAGAGAAGCUGCAUACAACCACCAGACUACAGUCCAGACUGUGAUUCAUGAGCUUUUCCAUGCACUUGGAUUCUCUAAAGAUCUCUUCCACACAUGGAGAGACUGUUCAUCCACUACCCAAGGGGGAGCUGGAUGUUCACCUCUGGGGAAACUGGUUCACUCUGAUGGAUCAGGCCAGAUGAGGAUUUACAGCCAGUCUGUCAUCUCUGCCCUGCAGGAACACCUGGCAUCAGCUGACCCUGAGCUCGGAGGACUGUUGGAGAACCUGCAUGUGGCAGCAGGCCGAGUGUCCUCUCACUGGGAGUCCCGGGUGCUGCGUGGGUCCAUUAUGACUGCAGUGCUGGAGGACUCGACCACAGUCCGGAUCGACCUGGUCACUUUAGCUGCAUUACAGGACACAGGCUGGUACACUGUGAACCUGAGCCAGGCACAGAGUCUGGUCUGGGGCCAAGGUGAAGGAGCCACAUUUGGCUCCCUGUCAACCUGCAAAGGCAACUCCUCAUCCUUUUUCUGCACUGGCAGUGGACUUGGGUGUCAUUUUCUUCACCUCCAUAAGGGGGAGUGUCAGACUGAUCCAUACCUGGAGGGAUGUAGAGUUUUUAAGCCUCUGAAGAAUGCAAGUGAAUGUUGGAAGUGGGAAAACACUCGACAGUCAACUGCGGAGGAGAGGAGUGGAGAGAUUUGGGGCUUUGACAGCCGUUGCUUCUUCUCCAACCUGACCAGACAGAGACAGCUGCCAGUGUUAAGCAGCUCCCUGGAGGGCCGCUGUUACAGACACAGGUGUACUGCACCAAACAGGUAUCGAAUCCAAGUUUCUGGCUCUGACUGGAUGGACUGUCCAGCAGGGGGCACAAUUCAGAUAAAAGGGUUCCAGGGUUUAGUUUCCUGUCCACAGAGGAGGUUAUGUCUGUACCCUGACAUUACUCCUCCCCCAGGUGAUGUUAAUCCUGCUUCUCACACCAGCGACCCUUAUGAGAUGUUCGCCUCUGUGCCAGUGCUGGCCUUCGCUGCUGCUGCUGCUGCUGCUGCUGCUGUGUGUCUCCUGGCUGUGUCCUACAGGAAAUGUCGCUCAUGCAGGGACAGGAUCCACACUGUCCCAGAAGAUCACAGUCACCCUUAG